CGAUGCUGUCUUUAUCCCUUGCCUCAUUGCCUCAGCUCCAGCUAGGUAGGAGCCUUUCAGGCCUGCCUUUUACUCCCUUACGCUGUCCAGGCCGCCAUGCGACGAACUGGAGGAGAACGAUCACAAUGAGCGAGUGACGUCACCGCCUCACGAUGAACCUCGACGUGACGGGAGCCGCUGCGUGACGUGGCUGCGUGACGUGUCUGCGUGUCAUUUCUUCGCGACAACGGGGCACUGACUACGACAACCGGCACUCUGAUGACGGCUUGCCUUCCGGCGCCGGCACGAGCAACCUCUCACCGGGCCCUGAAUCGGAUUUAUUCCAUUGCGUUUCGUCUCCCUAAACCCUUUGUCUUCUUUGUUGGGUGGGGCCCGGUGAUCGCAUGACGAAGUUACAACACUGCAACAAUAUGAAGCCAGCUGUCUACACGGCUCUGGCACGUGUGUACCGGUUUAAGUCUCCGACGAUCCCGGCCGCUCUCACCCGUCUCACCCAUUUCUUGUUCCCCGUUGCCAAUCUCUCCACUUCCUUACCGCCGUGUGUCCGUUAUUCCUCCACGCGAUAUUCUCUGUUUGAGAAUUCUCUUGGUGUCGGAGCUUCCCUGUGAGGGAAUUGGGCGCCCGUGUGCGCGUUAAAGAGCUGUGAUGAGUAUCUGACAGGAGCAUGUCGCGUUGGCCUUCAGAGGCAGCAUCGCUGCCAGUGAGACGAUUCUUGUCUCUGAGCUCUCAAGGAGAAGUUGUGUCCUUGAUUCGGCACUGUGUCGUUUCAUACUCGUUCUUUCCCUGUGUUUCAAUUCUUUCGCACUUAUUCUACCGGCUGCUUUCCGGACGUUCUAUUAUUGCGUCGUUUCACGCGUGGAUCCGCCCGCUGCGAGGGAUGAAUCGCCUAGUUUCACGACGGUCGUCUGAGCGCGGCACAAGAUGUCGCCAUUGCUGAGCCUGAGCUUUCGAAUCUGACGACCAGCGGGUGAUCCACGCGUCAUUCUACUCUGUUUCCCUCUUCCCUCGUACAUUUCACUGCCGUCGUGUCUUGCAUGCCGUAUCUUCCGUCCUUGCCCCGUGAUGCUUUAAUCUUUGAGACCUGAGGCCAGCUCAGCGGCUGUGCUUCUCCUGAUGACUAUAUCCCUUAGUACCUGAGGGCACUCCGCAGUUUUUAGACUUCUGUGCUGCUGCAUUCAUGAGGUUCUUAAAACGAGCCUUAUCCCUUGAAGGCGGAAAGGCGCAGUGAUUUAAACGGAUGCAGUUCUGAAGACCUUUCUCUCUUCGAGGGAGUGAUAGACAACGCAUCUUUUAAUUAUCCUUAAUUCCUCAGGCUGAGCGCCUACUGUCCUUCCACCUACAAUCGUUGUCCGUUUUCUCGUUUUUAUUCCUCGGUGCCUGAUUUGCAUCACUUCCUUGAGAGCGCCAAUCCAAGGGUCGGUCAUCCCUUUGUUCUCGGCAAUCCCAAUGCCGGGGCCACCAGAAACCGUCCCUGAGAUGAGAGCGUGGUCUUUCCCUCCCCCCUCUGCGCCCUCGGGUCAGACGGGGGGAGUGAGGGGCCGCAGUGGCCAGACAACCACUGGGCGUUUCUCCACUGAGGCCUUGCUUCGCCCCCCGCCUUGCCUCAACUAUGAACCUGCCCACAUUCCUUAUAUCCCCGAUAAUGCGGGUUUCGAGUUACCUUUUUACCUUGGCGAGGAUGUGAUGUGACAAGAGUUCUUGACCUUUUCCUGACCCUGAGUGCCUCGAGCGCUCAGCUGAUGCUUCACAUCACUCAGAGGCUGUUUCUGAUCCUCCCUCUUCGCGCCUUCCAUCCCCCCUUUCCGUCGUCAGUCCCUCUGUUUAGUUUCCUGCUUAUUAGUCUUCAUCUCCUGGUCUUGUGCAUCUGUGGGGGUGAAGAAACUACUUUGGUCCGUGUUUCUGAUGGCUUGAGCCGCUGACGACACGCGCAGCUCUGCUGCUGGCUGACCCACUCUGCUAGGGUUUUGGCUCAUGGAGAAAUGCCGGGUUUAUGGUGUGAGAUGUGCUGUUCGGACGAUGCGUGGUGGAGGCGGGGGGGGGUGAUGAUUCAAUUAGAUGUACGACACCCUUGCUUCGGCAAGGCUCGUGAGUUUAACCCUUUGAGGCAAAAUCCAUUCUCGUCUGACUCCCCGGCUCCAUCUCACCUUCCCAGUACACCUUUCUCCACCCUACUCGACCCAUCCCUCUCACCCUUCCUCCCCUUUCCCGCUUCCUCCUCUCUCUGUUCCUAAUUUAUCCUCUUCCUGGCUUCGCUAUUGCGUGUUGGUCGUGUCCCACCGCGCCUAUAAGUCCCCAUAGCAGCGAUCUCGGCCCCCCACCAGGGGCCGAGAGCCCAAGCCUGCAGUGGCUACGAGCAUGGCGCCACAUCGCUUGUAGUGUGUGGGAGCAUCGCUUUCCCCUCUGCCGUGUAUCCUAGUGGUUGCCAGGGGCUGUGGCUCCCUCCACAUUGCUACCGUACAGUAUCUAUGCACUUCGUCUGGCAGAUCUUGGGGAAGUUCAGGAUUCUCCUGAAUGAGCUGUGUUCGGGUGUCCUUGGUGCUGCGCAAACAGCUGUCGAAUCAGCCAAUUUCUUGUGAAGUCGCUGAAGCGCGGCUGCUUCUCACUUCACUUGUGUAUCGUUCUCUCCUUUUCUGCGUGGCGCAAUGAUUAAACCCUUAUUCCUCGUUCUGAAUCUCCUCGGAGGACGUGUCAGACAGAAUAUAACACCACUCAUAGAACCUGAGCGCCUUGCACGUCCCGCCCCUUGCUUCAAUGGCCAUUUGUAACCCCCACACCCCCCCCUUCCCCCCCCACCCACUUUGUCGCUGUCUUCCUCUUCGAGAUUCUGCUUCAAGUACUGUCUUGUUGCCGCCCUGUUGCAAGAAUGGACAAUUGUGGGUCCCCACUUUCUGCUCCUUCCACCCUUUCCCUCCCCAUCCCCUGCUGCUCUUGUUUAGCUUCCAUCAACUUUGCCUCCUGCCUCUCUCUAGUUUCCCUGCUCUGCAAUCCUAGGUAUCUGCAUUGGCAUCGGGAGGAAGUUACGUGGAGGUGGCAUGCGACACAUGUGUCCUAGCUGUGGCAUCGUCGUCAGUUGCUUGGUUCAACCUUGCUGGGGUUCAAUCCAGUGCUGCUCAAUGCUGAGCCUGGGGAAGGGAAUGCUUUUUUAGUUUUACGAAAUGCUGCAAAAAUCAUCAUGGUGGUGUUCUGGGAAAGGCACCGCCGCCGAGAAGACGAAUGGUAUACUUUCGAAGCCAGUAAAUUAUCCUUCCUUUCAUGGACGUCUUCUCUACACGGUCGAAAUUAUAAAAAUCGGUGAAAAUA